AUGUUUUGGAUCUCUGCAGCCGUUCUUACCUCGCUCCUCCUCGGAGGAUCCGCUGCAACGCCCCUCGAGAAGCGCGCGGCCUACUACAAAACAGCUUUCCGAAAUGGCAACUACCCCCUCGACGUCGUGGACCAGCUCGAGGCAGACACGAUGCCCAAAGUGAGCGAAUGGGUGGCCAGAAAGGGUAACUCGAAUGGCUGCACUCUCGAGAAUGCUGCUGUACGAAAGAAAUGGAGUGACUUGUCUGUCCCUGAGCGCGAGGAGUAUAUUGCUGCUGUACUCUGCUUGAUGAAGAGACCAUCUCAAGCGCCCAAGGACGAGUUCCCAGGCGCGCUCAACCGCUUUGACGACUUUGUUGCCUUUCACAUGACUCAGGCUGGUCCUCUCCAUGGACCGACAAAUCUGUUUGCCGCUCACAGGUACUUUAUCUGGGCGUAUGAGAACGCGCUGCGCGAAGAGUGCGGUUACAAGGGGUAUCAGCCGUACAUGAACUACGAUCGAUAUGCAGAGGACCCGAUAAAUUCGCCCAUGUUCAACGGCAACAUGUCCAGCAUGGGUGGACAGGGCGAGCCCAACAACUACAGGGGCGUCUUGAUGGGUUUCCGUGCGCCCUAUAAUCUCAUCCAGCCAGGAGGAGGCGGCGGCUGUGUCAAAGACGGGCCCUUCAAAGAUAUGGUGGUCAGUCUUGGUCCGAGAGCGACCGUCGUCAACGGGAUCCCACGCAACCCCCGCGCCGACGGACUGGGCUCGAACCCGCGCUGCCUCCGACGCGACGUGAACCGCAACUCGGCCCUCGGCGCCAGGGCCAACUACUCGUACUCGCUCAUCACCGAGUACCCGCACGUCAACAACUUUUACGACCGGUACCUGGGCCAGCCGUUUCUGCAGAACGAUGCGCAUCCGUGGGGGCUUCACAAUGCCGGCCACUUUAUGAUUGGCGGUGAUCCUGGCGGCGACUUUUACGCCUCUCCCGGCGACCCGGCCUUCUACUUCCACCACGGCGCGCUCGACCGGCUGUGGUGGAUCUGGCAGAUGCAGGACCCGGAGAAGCGCGUGCAGGGCAGCAAUGCCAUCCCGGACCUCAACCGCAUGGGAGCCGCUCCGGGCCCGGCUCCUCGUCCAGAGCCUGGACAGGCCAUCGAGGACAUGGUGGUCGACCUAAAGUGGCUCGCGCCCAAGUCCACCCUCAAGCAGCUGAAUGAUUUGUUUGGUGGCAAUGACGGCAAGAUCUGCUAUUAUUAUGUCUGA